AUGCGUGACUCUGCUACCGGACGAUCGCGAGGCUUCGGUUUCCUUACCUUCAAAGACCCCAAGUGCGUUAACAUUGUCAUGGUUAAGGAGCAUUACCUUGAUGGGAAGAUCGUAUGUAAACCCAGUACCAUUACCAAGCUACCCGCUAAUGCCAACGAGAUCGAUCCCAAGCGUGCUAUUCCUCGUGAGGAGCAAGAGCGGACCAGCAAGAUCUUCGUCGGUGGUGUCAGCCAAGAAGCAACCGAGGAAGACUUCACAAACUUCUUCAAGCAGUUCGGUCGCGUCGUCGAUGCUACACUCAUGAUGGAUAAGGAGACUGGUCGACCUCGUGGUUUCGGUUUCGUUACUUUCGACGGCGAUGCUGCCGUAGAUGCCACCCUACGCGAACCGCUCCAGAUUCUCGGCAAGCAGAUUGAGGUCAAGCGCGCCCAGCCCCGUGGCAACAUGCGCGAUGAAGAAGGAGGCGAUGGCGGCAAGAAGUUUGGUCGUAACAACAAAUUCAACAAGUUCAACGACGGCGGAAAUGGUAAUCACGGUGGCGGAGGCUAUGAUAACAGCGGCGGUAACAUGCAAGCCCAAGGUGGAAACAGCGCCAUGUCUCCCGCCAUGAUGGCACAGUAUUGGCAGCGCAUGCAACAGUACUUCCAAUCUAUGCAGCAAACACUCGCUCAGCAGCAGGCAGGCGGCGGUAUGGCUGGCAACCCCAUGGCUGCCAUGGGUGGCAUGAACCCAAUGCAAAUGCAGCAGAUGCAACAACAGAUGAUGGGCCAAGGCAUGAACCGCGGCACCGGAUCUCCCAACCCCCAGAUGAUGGGUGGCCCAGGCAGUAUGAACCCGAUGCAAAUGCAGCAGAUGCAGCAGAUGCAAAUGGCGCAGAUGCAAGGCGGCGGUGGCCCAGGAGGACCCGGCGGACCAGGUAUGAUGAGCCCACAAGGAGGACAAAAUCCCGGACAGCGUCCCGCUUACAACCCGCAAGACCAACUCGCUUUCGAACAGCAAAAGUACGAACAACAGCAAGCUCGUCGCCAGCAACAGCUCUCUGGUCCCGCUGGCUACGCCAACGCCCAGGGUGGCCCUCAGAGCUGGGAUGGCAUGUACGACGAUGCUCCCCCACCACCCUCUGGCCCCGGUGGCCCCGGUCGCGGCGGCUUUAGGAACAACCGUUCUCGUCAGGGCUCCAGCCAGCCGCCUGCUGGUGGUGGUCAGGCUCCUAUCAACGCGCCUACCGGUCCUAAGAACGCGGGUGUUAGGGGUGCCAACUACCGUGGUGGAGGUCACCGCGGUGGCGGCGGCUUCAGACACCAACCCUAUGGAGGUCGCGGUGGUUGA